GCUACCAGGGGUCAGUGCUGGAACAGGUACAGUAAAUGAGGCAAGCGGAUUACGGUGUGAGGAGUGUGCGGAUGUGCCGAAUGACAGUGCGAGCACGUAGUGUGUAGUGUAUGGUAGACAGCAGUAGGGGGACCUGCAGCUGGUCAGUUGGUUUGAGUGAUUGAGUGAUAGAAGGUGUGGAAAGGAGGAACAGUUCGGUACAAGAGGCAGCGGGAAAGAGGGUACCGCAAGAAUCAGGUAGGAGCAACUCUCAGAGAGCAGCUGGUGUGCCGCAGGUCGAGGGAGAGAACGGGCUUGGAGAGGGGAAGAGCUCGAGAGGCGGGGAAGCCUGAGCACGUGUCCCGGCGUGUGCGUGGAAGCAGCGUGCAAGGCUUACAGUAGGCGAGGUACAGUGUUCCCAGUGCUGGAGGACAGUGGUAGAGGGAAGGUGAAGCGGAAAACUGCAAACUGCACAGCUCGGUGCUGGAGCAAACCCAGGCAGGUCGGAGGGGUUCCAGCAAGGCCGAGACAGACGGCAUCGUGGGGGUCCAGUGAGUUGCAUGGAAAGGGGUUCCAUCCGCAGCCCGAGGUCAGGAAAAGGCGGCCGGGCAGGAGUUGUACUCCGGCUUUCUCUUGACUGGUAACCGAGCCCCACACCACAACAGACCCACGUGCAGCUCAGGGGCCGGGAGCCCCAGGAGGAGUGUCCAACUCAGCCGAGCAUCCUGCGCCUGUGGAUGCAUUCCGCGCUGAGCCAUGGGGGAGUGGACCAUCCUGGAGCGGCUGCUGGAAGCUGCAGUCCAGCAGCACUCCACCAUGAUCGGAAGGAUCCUGCUGACAGUAGUAGUGAUAUUCCGCAUCCUGAUCGUGGCCAUUGUGGGUGAGACAGUGUAUGAGGAUGAGCAGACCAUGUUCAUCUGCAACACCAUGCAGCCAGGCUGCAACCAGGCAUGCUACGACAAGGCCUUCCCCAUCUCACACAUCCGCUAUUGGGUCUUCCAGAUCAUUCUGGUGUGCACGCCCAGCCUCUGCUUCAUCACCUACUCAGUGCACCAGUCAGCCAAGCAGCGUGACCGCCGCUACUCCUUCCUGUACCCACUGCUCGAGAAGGACUACGGACGCAGCGAAGGCGCCCGCAAGGUUCGCAAUAUCAACGGCAUCCUGGUCCAGAACCCGGACAGCGGGGGCAAGGAGGAGCCAGACUGCCUCGAGGUGAAGGAGAUCCCCAAUGCACCGCGUGGGCUCACCCACUCCAAGAGCUCCAAGGUACGGCGGCAGGAAGGCAUUUCCCGCUUUUACAUCAUACAAGUGGUGUUCCGCAACGCCUUGGAGAUUGGCUUCCUGGCGGGCCAGUACUUCCUGUAUGGCUUCAAUGUGCCAAGCAUCUUUGAGUGUGACCGCUACCCAUGUGUCAAGGAGGUGGAGUGUUAUGUUUCGCGUCCCACUGAGAAGACGGUCUUCCUCGUCUUCAUGUUUGCGGUCAGCGGCAUUUGCGUGGUCCUCAACCUGGCAGAGCUCAACCACCUUGGGUGGCGCAAGAUCAAGACCGCCAUUCGUGGGGUGCAGGCUCGCCGCAAGUCCAUCUGCGAGGUGCGCAAGAAGGACAUGGCUCACCUCUCACAGGUGCCUAACAUGGGCAGGACCCAGUCCAGUGAGUCGGCCUAUGUCUAA